AUGGUUCUAAUCGACAACCCUGCAUAUAAUUUUGAUUUUAAGCUCGUUAUUGUUGGUGAUUCUGCGGUCGGAAAGACUCAUCUUCUACGUCGGUUUGUCCAUGACAAAUUUGACCAUUCAUCAAUGAGCACAAUUGGAGUCGACUUAUUAGUGAAGGAAAUGGUUGUCAAUCAUACUUGGGGAAGAAUUCAACUUUGGGAUACGGCGGGACAGGAGCGAUUCCGUUCAGCUACCAAGCGCUACUAUCGCGGAUGUGUAGGUGCUCUUGUUGUCUACGACAUUACAAAACACGCAAGUUUUGAAAAUAUACCCAAAUGGCUUGAAGAGCUGCAAUUUAACGAUACUCACCCAGAUCUUCGCGUAAUUAUGAUCGGAAAUAAGUCCGAUCUGGAUGACCAGCGCGAGGUGACGAUAAAAGAAGGCCUUGAGUUUGCUAAGAAACACAAACUAAUGUUUAUGGAGACAAGCGCCCUCGACUGCUCCAAUGUGGAUAAUGCGUUUUAUACGCUUAUUAGUAAUGUUCAUGAAACAUCAGCUUCACAGAUCUUUGCACUAAGUGAUAAGGAUGUUUUACUGCCUCAGGGGGAGGUUAUUAAAUUAAAUAGCUCAAGGACACGAAAAAGGUCUUUUACAGAGAAGAGAUGCUCAUGUUAA